UCAAAAAAAAAAAAAAAGGAAAGUUUUUGGUUUUGUUGGUUUUCUCAUUGAUCAAAGUUGGCGUUGCGGAGAUUGUGAUCGAUGAAGUUGACGACAAAGUUAUUAUCAACAAGGCAUUAUUUUUAUUGUCGGGUAAAGGUGCAGAGAAGCAAAUGAUCGAGGAGAGGGGAAAGAAGGUGGGAGGCGAAAAUGAUGGGAAGCCAAUCACUGCCGAAAUUGGUAGCUGUGGCAAUAGACAAAGACAGAGGGAGCCAAGUUGCUUUGAGAUGGGCAGUUGACAGUCUCCUCACCAAAGGCCAAUCUGUGAUUUUGAUGCAUGUCAAGAUCAGAACUUCUUCAAACUUCUCCCAUUCUGCUUCACUUUAUUUUUCUACCCCAAGGUUGAGCCAGCCUGCUGAUGAUAGUGGGCUGAUGAAUGGAGACGAGUCAGAUCCAGAGACACGAGAAAUCUUUCUUCCAUUUCGUGUUUUUUGCAUGCGAAAAGAUGUACAAUGCUAUGAAGUCUCACUGGAGCAUUCUGAUCCUUCCAAAGCAAUUGUUGAAUAUGUAAAUCGAACAGCGAUUGAGGUUGUCAUUCUGGGCGCUGCAACGAAAGGAGGCCUUCUUAGAUUUAAAUCAAGAGACAUUCCUGGAACAGUGUUGAAAGGAGCCCCGGAUUUCUGUACUGUGUAUAUCAUCUCCAAAACCGGGAAGAUAUCCUCCACGCGAUCUGCCUCUCGUCUGCCUCCAUUCAUCCAUCCACUCCGUCACCAGAUGGCACUGCAGAUAAACAGCAGCAAACCGAGUGUAGCUGAGGUGCCACCGCCCCGGGUGCACAAUCCAAAAAGUCACUCUUUGGGAUCCUCUGAUGCAUCUGUCAACAUUGUAAAUAAUGAUAUCAAGUCUCAAAUCGUUCACAGGAGAGCCGCGAGUGGAAGGCCAUAUGAAAUAUCCAAACACGAUAAUCUUGACAUAUCUUUUGUGAGUAAUGGAAGGUCGAGUGUUGAUAGCUUUCUCCCGUAUACAGACAGCUUGGACGAUGGACCCACCCCUCCCCGGCUUUCAGGUUUCUCAGAAGUGGAAGACAAUAAUCUCGAGGGGUUAAACCCCACUGGACGAAGAUCAAUAGAAUACUUGUCACUAGAUUCAUUUGUCAGUGAAAGAAACCAUGCAUUUUCCCAGGAAGAUGUGGAAGCCGAAAUGAGAAGGCUAAAGCUCGAGCUCAAGCAGACAAUGGAAAUGUAUAGCACAGCCUGCAAAGAAGCGCUCACCGCAAAACAGAAGGCAUUGGAGCUGGAACGAUGGAAAAUGGAAGAGCAAAAGAGAUUAGAAGAGGCACGAUUGGCGGAGGAAGCUGCACUGGCGCUUGCAGAGAAGGAGAAGGCGAGAUCUAAGUUGGCGAUCGAGCAUGCAGAAGCAGCUCAGAGGAUAGCAGAGCUAGAAGCUCAGAAGAGAAUCAGUGCAGAAAUGAAGGCCCUAAAAGAAGCAGAAGAGAAGAACAAGGUGCUGAGCAAACUGGCAGCAACGGAUUACAGGUACAGGAGGUACACGAUUGAGGAGAUCGAAUCUGCAACAGACUACUUCUCCAAAUCGCGUAAGAUUGGAGAAGGUGGGUACGGGCCAGUCUACAAAUGCUAUCUAGACCACACCCCGGUUGCAGUUAAGGUCCUUCGCCCCGAUGCUGCCCAUGGAAGGCAGCAGUUUCAGCAAGAGAUUGAAGUGCUAAGCUGCAUAAGGCAUCCUAAUAUGGUGCUUCUUCUAGGAGCCUGUCCAGAAUACGGGUGCUUAGUGUAUGAGUACAUGUCAAACGGGAGCUUAGAAGAUCGGCUUCUCCAACGUGGUAACACUCAGCCACUUUCUUGGCAGCAGAGGUUCCGAAUUGCAGCUGAAAUCGGGACAGGCCUCCUAUUUCUGCACCAGAACAAGCCCGAGCCAUUAGUUCACCGCGAUCUAAAACCAGCCAACAUCCUGCUAGACCGAAACUUCGUGAGCAAGAUCAGCGACGUUGGGUUGGCCAGGCUAGUCCCUCCAUCGGUAGCUGAUAACGUUACACAAUACAGAAUGACAUCAACUGCAGGAACCUUCUGCUACAUUGAUCCAGAAUACCAGCAAACAGGGAUGCUGGGGGUGAAAUCUGAUGUUUAUUCCCUUGGGAUCAUAUACUUGCAGGUACUCACAGCAAAAUCACCAGUGGGAUUGACUCAUCAUGUGGAGAAGUCAAUAGAGAAAGGCCUGUUUUCUCAGAUGCUUGAUCCUGCUGUCCAUGAUUGGCCUGUUGAGGAUGCUAUGAAACUUGCCAAGCUUUCAUUGAAAUGCUCUGAGCUCAGAAGAAGAGACAGACCAGAUCUAGGCAAUGUAGUGCUGCCAGAAUUGAACAGAUUGAGAGCACUAGCAGAAGAAAACUCAUCCCCAUUGCAGUUCUAUGGCUCUGCUUCCUCCCCAAAUCAUAGCCAAGUAUAUCUCUCUCAUGAAAAUUUGAGUUACCCCCAAAGUUUUGAAAGCUCCAGAAGCAGGUCAAGCACGGGCUCCUAGUGCGUAGGUUGUCUUUAUUUUCAUUCUAUUACAACGUUUUAGACAUCUUCUCUUCUUUGUUUGGAAGUGCACA